UGAAAUUUCCUGAAGGAUAUCUGGUCUGCUUGUUUUUGCGGGUGUCCGUGGGUCUAUAUGUAUUUGUUUUGUGUUACUCCCAAAAUAGUAAGAGGAUAAACCUGGGGAAAGGAGGUGAAAUUGGCUGACUGGCAGGGCAUUCUCGUUGCUUUUGUAGACUCACAGUUACGAGAAAGUUAUUAAAUGCUUGCAAAAUCUUGAGGCUACAGCGUAUGUGAAAGAGCCAUGAGCCCUCGUAGAGUGUGUGGGUGGAGGGUGCACAAACUGUACAUUGGAGCAGGGGAAGGAGUGAUAGCCCAGGCUUUCUUAACUCCUUGCGAGCCUGUACAGCAGGAGGGAACUUCUGCCCUUGCACAGGAACAGUUGAACACCAUGGGGCCUACUCUGAACCUCUUCAAAAACCAGAAGUACCAAGAACUGAAGCAGGAAUGCCUCAGAGACAGUCGACUCUUCUGCGACCCCACCUUCCUGCCGGAGAAUGAGUCUCUCUUCUACAACCGACUGCUCCCCGGCAAGGUGGUGUGGAAACGUCCCCAGGACAUCUGUGAUGAUCCCCGUCUGAUUGUGGGCAACAUCAGCAACCACCAGCUGAUCCAGGGCAGGCUGGGGCACAAGCCAAUGGUUUCUGCCUUUUCCUGUCUGGCUGUUCAGGAGGCUCACUGGACAAAGACAAUUCCAAACCAUAAGGAACAGGAAUGGGACCCUCGAAAACCAGAGAAAUAUGCUGGGAUAUUUCGCUUCCGUUUCUGGCAUUUUGGAGAAUGGACCGAAGUGGUGAUUGAUGAUUUGUUGCCCACUAUCAAUGGAGAUCUGGUCUUCUCCUUCUCCACCUCCAUGAAUGAGUUUUGGAAUGCUCUGUUGGAAAAAGCUUAUGCAAAGCUCCUAGGCUGUUAUGAAGCACUGGAUGGUUUGACCGUGACUGAUAUAAUCGUGGACUUCACGGGCACCUUGGCAGAAACUGUUGACAUGCAGAAGGGAAGAUACACUGAGCUUGUUGAGGAGAAGUACAAGCUGUUUGGAGAACUGUUCAAAACAUUUACCAAAGGCGGUCUAAUCUGUUGCUCCAUUGAGUCUCCCAGCCAGGAAGAACAAGAAGUUGAAACGGAUUGGGGUCUCCUGAAGGGCCACACCUACACCAUGACUGAUAUUCGCAAGCUGCGUCUUGGAGAGAGACUUGUGGAAGUCUUUAGUACUGAGAAGCUGUACAUGGUCCGCCUGAGGAACCCCCUGGGCAGACAGGAAUGGAGUGGUCCCUGGAGUGAAAUUUCUGAAGAGUGGCAGCAGCUAACUGCAGGAGACCGCAAGAACCUGGGGCUUGUGAUGUCUGAUGAUGGAGAGUUUUGGAUGAGCCUGGAGGACUUCUGUCGCAACUUUCACAAACUUUAUGUCUGCCGCAAUGUGAACAAUCCUAUUUUCGGUCGAAAGGAGAUGGAAUCAGUGCUGGGAUGCUGGACUGUGGAUGAUGAUCCCCUGAUGAACCGUUCAGGAGGCUGUUACAACAACCGUGACACCUUCCUGCAGAAUCCCCAGUACAUCUUCACUGUUCCUGAGGAUGGCCACAAGGUCAUCAUGUCAUUGCAGCAGAAGGACCUGCGCACUUACCGCCGAAUGGGCAGACCAGACAAUUACAUCGUUGGUUUUGAACUCUUCAAGGUGGAGAUAAAUCGCAAAUUCCGCCUCCACCACCUGUAUAUUCAGGAGCGUGCUGGAACAUCUACUUACAUUGACACUCGUACUGUGUUUCUGAGCAAGUACCUGAAGAAGGGCAACUAUGUGCUUGUCCCAACCAUGUUCCAGCAUGGCCGUACUAGUGAGUUCCUCCUGAGAAUUUUCUCCGAAGUGCCUGUCCAGCUCAGGGAGCUGACUCUGGACAUGCCCAAGAUGUCUUGCUGGAAUCUGGCUCGUGGGUACCCGAAAGUAGUUACUCAGAUCACUGUCCACAGUGCCGAGGGCCUGGAGAAGAAGUAUGCCAAUGAAACUGUAAACCCGUAUUUGAUCAUCAAGUGUGGAAAGGAGGAAGUCCGCUCUCCCGUCCAGAAGAAUACUGUGCAUCCGAUCUUUGACACCCAGGCCAUUUUCUACAGGAGGACCACUGACAUUCCUAUCAUAGUUCAGGUCUGGAACAAACGAAAAUUCCGUGAUCAGUUCUUGGGGCAGGUUACACUGGAUGCUGACCCCAGUGACUGCCGUGAUCUGAAAUCUUUGUACCUGCGUAAGAAGGGUGGUCCAGCUGCCAAAGUCAAGCAAGGCCACAUCAGCUUCAAGGUCAUUUCCAGCGAUGAUCUCACUGAGCUCUAAAUUGCCCAGUCUUGAAGAAUACUGACAGAGCUUUCCAUCUUUUCACUUUCUGUCAGGUGCUAGGUCUUAGCUAAGAUCCACAAUCUUUUGAGACAAUGGAAUUCACAGUAAUUUACAUUUCCUCUCUUCUGAUAAGUUCCCCAUACCUCCCGAUCCAAGUAGCAUCAGUAGCUACAUAACCUAUAUACCUCCAGCAGCUGGACAGGGGGAGGUGACAGUCCUAUCUGGAGAUGAUAUACAUGUUUGCCAGGACAAGAUCUCUGGGGCUUCCGGGGGUGAGAGUUCAAGCAGGACAGCUACACAAGCCUGGACACCCUAAAGAUGUUAGGAUGUUUUCUGUUGUCCAGUGAUAUCUCCUCUGUAGGGCAUUCUGCAGAAGGAGGAGGGAUGAUCAAGGCCAAGCUGGUCUAGCCUGGCAUCCCAACUCCUGACUGAACACCAUAGACUACCCAGCAGCACGUCACCCAGCAGCCAAACCUGGCUUUAAGCCCCCAACCUUUAUCACCACCAGUGCCGUCACCACCAACCACCACCACAACCAUAGCCACCUCCGGAAAGUGUCAUCCUGCUCUAACCCAGGUCACCCCCUCACAGUGAGUUUCACCUUCAUGUUGAGGAAGCUUCCUAGGUGCUUUAUAAAGAGCUAGAGUUUAGGGAGAUCUAGAGUGUGAACUUGAGCUCAAUGGAAGCCAGCUAUGUGCCACAAGAGGAAGAAGCUGCAGUGGGAGACCAAUCCUCGGUCCCCCACCAACCUACACACACACCUACACUCACACACGCGCAUGUGGGCGCGCACGACCUACCAUUCAGGCAGUCAGUGGGCAAGAGCGAGGAUCAGUAAGUACCACACGUAGCAAAAAUAUGAGCGAAUCCAUCCAGGUGUAGUACAGCCAGGUUGGGGCCCCUGAUUGCAAUGUGAAACCUCUUGCUGCUGCUAGGUUUACAAACAAGCCCGUUGUCCUGUGCCUCCUAAUAUCAUUGGUACUGAAGAUCCCGUCUGGGGGAUCGAGACUGGAUUUCAGCCCAUAUUUCUCAAGAUUUCCCCUCAGUUGGGAAGCUUCACUCCCCCGGGGGUGUUUGUUGGCCCUCUUGUUUUUCAGUCGUUCCACAGGUUUUUAUUUUUGUUUGUUUCUACUCAGUUAUUUUGAAAUGUUCCUACCACCAUCUUCAUUUAUCAAUAUUCUACCCCUUCUUCAAAGCCCAACAUAAAUCUCAUCUCCUCCUCCAUGUAGCCUUCCCUAAUCCCACCCAAACGCCAGCCUCCAACAAUAUUUUAGUGCUUCUGCAAUAAUAAAAUGUAGUUGUAGUAUUUAGUGUAAUCCAGCUCGCAUUCAUUAAAACAAAAUAUUUUGUAGUUUAUGUAGCUCAUUUUCUACUAUUUUUUCCAGUCUCUAUUACUUCUGCAAUGCCUUUACCACACUGCCUUACAUAAACCAAAUCACAAUAAAGUUCAUAUUCAGUA